GGCUCCCAUAGCCAAUCAGAACGCUCCCCCUGUGACAUCGUCGAGAAUCCCAGCAAGGCGGGGGGUCGAUCCAAGUACUCUAGGGCCCCAUGCCUGCCCCGUCGACGCUAUACUCAGAUUACUUCUAGUGUCGCUGAGUCGCAUGCAAGCAUACUACUUCGAGUACUCAAGUCUGAUCUCACAUCGACAUAUUGACCCAUGUCCAUUAUGGCUGAUCGAACGCCCGAUACAUCAAAAGGCACCAAGGAGUUGGAGUCCCAGUUGGAAUCGUGUCUGCAAGAUCUCAGCCUCACCAACAAGAGACCGGAUAAAGACAUACCACGACCUAUAACCAAGAAAGGUCCAACGAAACCGAAGAAGGACGCAAUCGCAGAUUCCUGGGAAGACGAGAUCGAUUCGUCUGGUUCUGAGACGGAGAAAGAAAAGGAAGAGACAUCAACACCACUCACGCCGUCAGCUGAAGGACCGCUAGCUCCCCCGCCCACACCUAUCUCACCACAGACAAGUGCUACCUGGACAGCUACAGGCAAUGCUCCAUACGCAGAUGCUGUCCCGCCCGCCGUGCCCAACAGUCGAGCGCCUGGCCCUCCUCGCGUGAGGCCGGCGAAGCAGACAGCUGUGGCUGCUAGGCUCAUAGCUGGAGGACUAGGGAUCCGAGCACCGAAGAGGACAGAAGAGCAGCGAGCAUACGACCGAGCUGUCAGAGAGCAAGAGCUCAAGAGACGAAACCGCGAAAAGGAAGAAGCAGCGAGAGCCAAGGAAGAGGAAGAACGGGCCAAGUCUGCAGUCUGGGAUGCUUAAUGCAUUCUCCAUUCAGCGAUCCAAUCCUUUAAUUCCCCUGUAUAUAUAUACAUAUAUGUGGUGUAUCUGCUUCCCAUUCUCUGGUUCCUUUCGCUCCCUUAGUGAAAUUUUGGGCUCCGAUCUCGGCUGCAUACUCCGCAUAGUGUCCUGUAUAUAAUAAUAUCUAUAUCCGAUUCUGUCAUAUUAAUAUAUCUGCAGCCGAACUUCUGAUCUGCUUUCUGUUCACC